CUCUGUGAGAGGUUGAAACGGGGCAGGGUAAAAGAGACCCAGCAGGCUGUGCCAUUUAAAAGACCCGAGGAGACUAUAAAAGUGGUCUCAUGCCCGCUGCAGUGAGGGCUCGGCUCCAUACGCGCACACACACACGCACAGUCAGACGGACGGAGGUAGUCAGAGUAGAUAGAGCAGGACUACACAUUUAACGACACCCACACACGUUUAUAUUUUAAUGUCGGCUCUUACAUAGGUAGACACAAACGAGAAGCGGGAGUUUAUGGGGCGGCAAUUUUCUUUAGUUCACUCAGGAUUUUAAAAGCAGGCUAUUUUACUCUCAAACGAGUGUCAGACAUCGUUUUAAUACUCCACAGAAGUGCAUGUUUGCUACUUUUAGGAUGCGCGUCUUCCUCAGCAGACCCGGUGCUGUUUGACACAUUCCCCCCACCGAGCUGGAUCCACUAACCCGUGUGUUUUCUCACUGGGGGAAGUUGGGCUCAUUUCAACUUUUCUGGCCGUACUUUUGAUGCCACGGAAAUGGGACCGCGCCAACCGGAGAGCGUGUCCGCGCUUUUUAGAAAAAGUUUGCUGUGGAUUGUGCUGCUACUCUGGCUGACCACGUUUGUUGACGGGACCUGGAAGACGGGACUUUACAAGACCUACUCAGCCGGGACGCAGACAGCAACCUCUCACACCUCAGUCUAUCAGAAAAGGAACUGGUGUCCUCAUACGGUCACAAAGACAGUGACUUGCCAGGUGCAGAAUGGGACAAUCCUGCAGCGGGUCUACCAGACGUGCCGCUGGCCACAGGGAUGCACAGGAGGCAGCUACAGGACCGUGGUCAGACCUUCCUAUAAAGUAGUGUAUCGCACUGUGACCUCUCUGGAGUGGAAGUGCUGCCCAGGAUUCAGCGGUGCUGCCUGUGAAGAAGAUGCAGGGAACCAGCUGGUAGCUCAGGAGGCAGUGAGGAAACCAUCCACGCUACGCCGGCCACCUGCACGCACAGGAGAGCCAACCUCUAAUUGUCUCAACUGCAGUCGAAUCACAGCGCUGACCGACAGGCUGAGCUCACUGGAGGCAAAGGUCCAAUUACUCAAUGCUCCAGCCUCCAUAUCACAUCGCCACCUUCAGGGUAAAGGAGGAACUGCACCAGAGGCCUCAUUACUGAUGGGGGCUGUGCCCGCUCAAGGAGCUCCUGGUGAGCAGGGACCUGCAGGUCCUCAGGGUGAAAAGGGGAGAGAUGGGCUUCCUGGCAGAGAAGGAAAGCCAGGGUCUCGAGGGCUGCCAGGUCCUGCUGGGCCUCGGGGGGAGUCUGGGUUGAGGGGCCCAUCUGGAACUCCUGGAUCCAAGGGAUCUGCAGGACCUGCAGGCCCCCGUGGUCCACCAGGACUCCCAGGAGAGAGGGGUCUACCGGGCCCGCCUGGUCCUCCAGGGCCUCCAGCUCCAGCCAGUGCCCACAUCCCAGAACCAGACCACAGUCGUGGAAAAGAUCCCUUCUUCAGCAACACUUUCCAUGACUCACGAGGGGUGCCUGUUCCAGGACCUCAGGGUCCUCCUGGGCCAAUUGGUCCACCAGGUCCCAAAGGCCCAGUAGGACCUCCCGGCCCUUCAGGACAGAAUGGAAAACCUGGAGCCCCUGGAACGCAGGGCCCUGUGGGGCCGAAGGGAGAGCGUGGGGAGAGAGGUCCUUUAGGUUACCCAGGAGAGAGGGGCUUCAGAGGCGAGCCGGGAGCACCAGGUCCAAAGGGAGAUCCAGGAGAGAAGGGCUUGCCGGACAUUAGCUUGCAGAUGUUCCACGACUUGCAGGCAGACCUUGAGCUUCUGGCUCGCAGGGUGACGCUGCUGGAGGCUAUCAUCUGGCCAGAGCCUGAUCUAGGGUCUGGGGAUGGACCGUUUGGCACAGCCUCCCCUAGUUUCUACAGAGAUAAGCGAGCAGGUGCGCUUCCAUAUCGACUUGCUUCUCCUCUGUCCUCCAACACCAAGGUUCGAGGGAAGUAGCCCCCCUUCCCCUGCUCACCCUGAGGAUCACAGGCUGGGUUGACUCCCCCACCUAUAGGUCUCAUCGGCACUCAACAGAUUUAGACCUUAUCUGACACCCGCUCUGGGCUUUGCGUCAGAUUUAGGAUGGGGGACACCUCAGGGAAACUCCACUGUUACUCCACAAUGCCCUCCUCCAUCGGGAACCUGAGAACUAGUUUGACCCCCACCCAUUGCCAUAACCAAACACUUGUCUGUACAUAACACACCCAGCAGCCCCUCCUGUGUCUUAUUUCUCUGGCUGCAGCAGUGAAGCCUCAGAAUAAAGAUGUGUAAUGUUUGAAAAAAGUAAAAUCUGAAUCUUCUGUGGUGCUCCUCGAGUUACAGUUAACUCUGGACAAUAAGGGUCAUUUAGAGUAAUCAGUUAAAGGGGGAAUCAGCUGUGAGAAAACAGACUGGAUUUGCGUUUGUAUUGCUUUCACAAUGUAACUGCAAUCUGAAGAGAUUCCACUAUUUAAGUAUAUUGAGCAUGUACAGUUUGCAGGACACAAUUACACAAACAAACCUCUUCUUCUAGUAUUAAUUUUGUUAUACUUCUAUCAUAUUGUUUAACUCAAUGUUAUGUAGUGCACUAAAAAGAUGAAGUCAUCUCUACUCUAACUGAGAUAUGUGUUGCUAACAGUGAUUUGUAGUUUUCUGGUGUGAGUGUUUCCCCCCCUUUAAAGUACACACUGAAAAGUGAUUUAAUGUACAAUAGUAUAUUUACAUUUAAUCUGUGCAGAAAAGCACAAACAUUUGGGUUUGGUAGCAUAUCAAUGGAAACAGUCAUGAAUUAUGUUGUAUUCUGGAAACAAACCAUGUUUAAAAAAAGGAAACGACUCUGCAAACUGGUCGUCUAUUUCAAGAUCUUAAACACACACACAGAGGAAAAAGCAAACCUGUUAAUGGAACUUGAACAUAUUUUUACCACUGUUGAAACUGUCUUGAUGAAAAGACUUGAUAACUGUUUUUUCAUCUUAUAUCAAACUUAUUGUGAAACUAUUUAAAAUGAUCAAAUGUAUCUUAUUUUGUAUGCUGUUGUGUAACCAUUUCAUAUUUCAUUCAUUUCUUGCAAAUGUGUUAUUGUGUUAAGAUAAUCCUGUCUAGAUGAUUGGUGUAAUAAAAUAAUGUUCAUUGUUUUUUUUUUAAACAUGCCACCUCUGUCUUUAUUUGUGUUACACCAGUGUUCAUUAAACAUGAUUACAGCAUAAAUAAAUGACAUCCCCUCUUUCUAAUGUACACGUGCAGAUACAGAAACUGUCUCCAAAGCCAUCAGGUUUGCAUCCACACUUGAUUAGAUUCACAGUCGUGGAAAAAGAACAGCACAGUCUUUCCACCCCCCAUAAAUUUUGAUCAUUAAAUUAGUUCUAAAAGUAGCCCACAGGGAAAAACUAAUCUUGAAGCUCAGCAAAAUCCAAGC